GUCCUCUGGGUCUGGAGACAUGACGGGUCCAAACUCCCCCAACAGAACCAGCACCAGCCCGGCCAAACUGAGCCGCCACGGCAGGUCGAAGAGUUCCAGCGCUCACUGCCUGCUGAGCCGCUGUGGCUCCCGCGCCGAGCCGUCCUCGUGCCCGGGUACGGCUCACUCCCCCGGGGACGACGACGACAAGGAGGGCGGCGUCCAGUUCUACGUGAACCGCUCGGGCUUCCCCAUCGACGCACACACCUGGGACCAGAUGUGGAGCCACGUGGGGGCGGUGCAUCCGGAGGGACAGGACAUGGUGGAGCGGAUCCGCGGCGCCCCCUACCUGCCCAAGCCUCCGGUUCCGUCGGUGCCAAACUUCAAACCGUCCAUGUCGAUCGCCGACUGGCUCAUCGCCGUCCAGAACUACAUGAAAACUCUACAGUACAAUCACACUGGGACUCAGUUCUUCGAGAUAAAGAAGAGUCGUCCUCUGUGUGGGUUGAUGGAGACGGCGCGGGAGAUGAUCCGAGAGUCUUUACCCAUCAAGUGUCUGGAAGCAGUGAUCCUGGGAGUGUAUCUGACCAACGGCCUGACGUCGCUCGAACGUUUCCCCAUCAGUUUUAAGACUCAGUUCUCGGGCCACUGCUUCCAUCACGUGGUCCUGGGCGUUUUCUGUAACGGCAGGUACGGCUCGCUGGGCAUGAGCCGCCGACAGGACCUGAUGGACAAACCGCUGAGCCACCGGACGCUGGGCGACCUGGUGGGCGAGUUCGAGAGCUCGUACAGGAGAUACCAGCACACCAUCAAGAAGGUGAAGAUCGGCCUGUACGUGCCCCACGACCCUCACGUGUUCCAGCCCAUCGAGUGGAAACAUCUGGUCCUGAACGCGGCGAGACUCGGAGCUCUGGAGAUGAGGAAGGAGCUGGAGAAGCACGGCCGAGAUAUGAGGAUGAAGAUCCUGAAGUCGUCGAGCGCUCAGUCGCCCGUUAAAGAACGAUGUCGAGGAAAGUCUCUGUCUCCACGGCGACGACAAAGCACCAGCCCCCAACGACGGAGCAUCAGGAGGGACAAAUCGCCGGCGUCUGUGGAGCGUAAACCUGCCGAGCUCAGCACUCUCAGUGACGGAUACCAAAUACGGAUUUAACUUUUGGAAUAAAACACAUUUUAAACAAAACGAACGACGACUGAAGGGAACAAAACGAAAUGAAAUAAACGAGAAAAAAAAAUAAACGUAUAAAGUUUUAAAUCUCCACCAAACGUCGGCACAAAAACGAAACGCCAAGACACAAAAACACAAACAGCACAACUCUGGAUUUUACUCUGACGUUUUUCUUUUUCUGGCUCCGAGUUUCUGGGACAAAAACAGAACGAGGAUUUAGUUUAAACUGAAGACGAACGACGAGUCUGAAGACGACGGGAAUAUUUAAAACACAAAGACGACAGAGAAGAAGAAGAAGAAAAAAGAAAGAGGAGGAUGAGUGUGAUGUGUUGAUGAGGCCUUCAGAAUCGUUCUAAAGCUUGAAAUCUCACGCCUCAAAUAUAAAACUGCACCUGACAUCAGAAAAACCCACAGGUCGUUUAUUCGUUUGUUUUUCAAAAUAAAACCAAAAAGAAGAAGAAGAAAAAAACAAUUUUCUUCAUUAUUUGUCUCCAAAACAAAAAUGUAAAAAAACAGAACGAUUCAUUUUUUCAUUUUUCGAUUUUUUGUAUAAAUAAAAAAUGGAUGACGGACUAAACCAGGACUAAAACCAGGACUGAUCCCAGUACUGAACCAGGUCUAAACCAGGAUUAAACCAAUCUCAGUCCUGGUCUCAGUCCUGGUCUCAAUCCUGGUCUCAAUCCUGGUCUCAGUCCCGGUCUGGUCCUGGUCUCAGUUCUAAACCAGGACUAAAUCAGGACUGAGCGUCGGGACGGACCUGGAGGUGCACCCACGUAGACCGUCGGGUGAUCAGGACUGAGACCAGGACUCAGACCGGAACCAGACCAAGACCAGCCUAGGACUGAGACCGGUACUGAGACCGGGAGCAGACCAGGAGUGAGACCUGGUUUAGUCCUGGUUCAGUCCAUGAUCCGUUUUUUCCAUUUUUCAUUUUAACACAAAAUUGAAAACUAAAA